AUGAAAACUGGAAUGGGACGGUAUCCUGCAGCUCACCUCGGCGUUGGCGGCUACAGAUCUCUUGGUUUGGGAUCCAGAGGGGGCCUGAAGCAGGGCGGAUAUGGAGCCCAGGGAGCCUAUGGUGCCAGUCUGGGCACAGGAAUGGGACUGGGACCAGGACUUACAAAUGGACUGGGAAUGGGCUUGGGCCAGGCAGGGAAACGAGUUUACGGUGCUGGUCUCGGCGCUCUUCCAGGUUAUGGGACGUUUGCAGGCGUUGGGUAUCCUGCAGUCCGACCAGGUUAUAUGGGCGGGGCAGGAAACUACCUGGGAGCGAGCAUGGGAGCUGGAGGCUACGGAGCAGGUGAUGUUUGGUGUCACGUUAAAAAUUAAUCUUAUUUUUCAGUUGAUGGAUGCAUCAUU